GCCAGGCAGCCACACUUCACUUGUUCCUGCACGGAAACAACCCCAGCUGGCGAGACCGCCUCUCUGCCGACUUCCACACAGGUGGACUUGAUCUGAGAGGACAUGUAGCCACAGAUCCCAGAGCCACCCUCCAGUCCAAGAGAACUUUUGGCUGUUGCUCUGUGUGUUUUUUGUUCUUCCUCUUCUUCUUUUCUUCCUCCACCACUCCUCCGUAACCUUGGAAGUCAGACCUGUUUCUGGUGAGAGGAUGGGACCGCUGCUCCUUUCCAUCGCCCUGUGCUUGGGCACCGCUGUCCCGCAGCGCGUGAUAGCAGCAGAUGGUGAGGAACCAACUUCAGCAGGACCUUGCCAUCCGAACCCUUGCCAUAACCGAGGGACGUGUGAGAUCAGCGAGACCUACAGGGGGGACACGUUCAUUGGUUACGUCUGCAAGUGUCCCCCGGGCUUCAGCGGAGUUCACUGCCAACAUAAUAUUAACGAAUGUGAGCGGGACCCAUGCAAGAAUGGAGGCAUCUGCACAGAUCUGGUUGCCAACUAUUCGUGCGAAUGCCCAGGGGAGUACAUGGGGAGGAACUGUCAAUACAGAUGCUCCGGACCACUGGGCAUGGAGGGCGGUAUCAUCUCCAACCAACAGAUAACAGCCUCUUCCACCCACCGCGCUCUCUUCGGCUUGCAGAAGUGGUACCCGUACUUUUCACGCCUCAACAAGAAGGGCCUGGUCAAUGCCUGGACUGCCGCCGAAAACGACAGAUGGCCGUGGAUCCAGAUAAACCUGCAGAGGAGAAUGAGGGUCACAGGUCUAAUUACCCAGGGUGCAAAGCGUAUCGGCAGCCCAGAGUACGUCAAGUCUUACAAAGUCGCCUACAGUGAUGACGGGAAAACCUGGAGAACAUACAAAGUCAAGGGCAAAGAUGCCGAUAUGAUCUUCAGAGGAAACGUCGAUAACAACGCUCCAUCCGCCAACUCUUUCACCCCUCCCAUUGAAGCCCAGUACGUGCGCAUUUACCCCCAAGUCUGCAGGAGGCACUGCACCCUCCGCAUGGAGCUGCUCGGUUGUGAGUUGACAGGCUGCUCCGAACCACUGGGAAUGAAGUCGGGCCAUAUCCAGGACUACCAGGUUAUGGCUUCCAGCAUCUUCAGGACGCUCAACAUGGACAUGUUCACUUGGGAGCCCGGAAAGGCUCGGCUGGACAAACAGGGCAAAGUCAAUGCUUGGACAGCUGGACACAGUGACCAGUCCCAGUGGCUACAGGUGGACUUGCGUGUGCCUACCAAGGUCACAGGUGUAAUCACCCAGGGAGCUAAAGACUUUGGCCAUGUCCAGUUUGUUGGCUCUUACAAACUGGCAUACAGUAAUAACGGAGAGCGGUGGAAAGUGUAUCAAGAUGAGAAACAGGGGAAGGACAAGGUAUUCCAAGGGAACUUUGACAACGACACGCACCGGAAGAACGUGAUAGAUCCACCCAUCUACGCUCGACUCAUCCGGAUCCUUCCCUGGUCAUGGUACGGCAGGAUCACUUUGCGUGCAGAAGUACUCGGAUGCACAGAGGAAGAGUGAAGUCCUUCCAUCCAUCGUUGUUGUCAUUCCCUCCCGUCCCUGGGCAUACUGGAAUAUAUCUCACCCGGUAUUUCAAAAAGAAACUGUGCAACCUGUAAAAAGAAAUCGAUUUCCAAUGGAUUUUUCAAGAACACGCGUUUGGUUGCGGCGGGUUUGCUGUUUGUUCUUUUUGUACAAUGAUUUAAAACCUGCCCUUGAUCGCUUUUGUCUUUUAGUUCCCUCUUUAAAGCGUGAUCUUUCUGUCUUUUUAUUCUUCUCAAGAUUUGCCAUCCCGGUUUGGAAUGAACUUCUGUAAUAUAUGUGUGAGGCUUGGGGGGGGGGGGGGAGUCGGAGAGGUGUUCUCCCUGCGGUUUUAACUCGUUGCCAUGGAAGCUAUUGUACAGUGUCACUUUUUAACAAGGAUGUGAAAUCUGUCUGCUGUGCUUCAUUGGACAUAAUUAACCAACUUCAUACCAUAACUAAACUUGCUAAAAUACCAUGUAGAGAUCACACGUAAUUAGCACUCUCUCAAAUAUAUUUUUACUUUGAUUAUGACACUUUCUCAAGCCAUGCUUUUACCCUAAUAGACCCUGACAUUACUACAUCAAUCAAAACACUAUUAAUACUCUUGUAUUAUAUGUAAAAGUCUAAGAAAUUGCAUGGUGCGUGAAUUAUAAAUGUAUAUUAUGACAAAUCAUUUAAAACCUCCUGCCCUGAGAGCAAUGGCUUUAAUUUAGGGACCUAUUUUUACGUGCAUUUUUAAAUAGUUCUGAAACAUUACAACGCACUGCAAAAGCGUAUUGAAGAUAACUGAGUGAGACAAUAAACACGCACUGCAGUUAAACAUGGAACGACAGCCCUGACGCUGAGGCUUGAAGGCUGUCUCUAGCAGAAUUGUCUUAAAGCUCUCAUAAGGAGUUUCAUUUUUUAUUUGCAUUAGAUUAUCACUGCACUUUUUCUAAGAUAUUUGGAAUAAUUGUUUGUGCUUGUUAUUUUUUUGUAUUUAUUUAGAUGUGUCUCAGCUGUCAGAUGCAUAACAGCUGUGUUUAAUAUCUUCGUGUUGUCUUGGAGAUCUAAGUUGUAUUUAAUACGAAGCUCAGGAUCGAUGCCAUUCAUAAUAAUAACCCACACAUGUAAAAUUGUUGGACACAAAUUUAAAGAUUUUUCCGUUUCAUUCUUUAAAGAAAAUGUAAAAUGAGUGAAAGCAACUAUUUAAAUCAUGUCCAUAUAUUCUUAAUCUGAAUAUUGAGAGAAGUCUUCUAUUUUCUUUUAUCCCAUUUGAUAUGAUAAAUUAUAAUUAAUGUGUUUUUCAAAUAUGAGCUAAUAUCCAAGAUUAAAAAUAUGUUAAUAUAUUUCAUUAUCUCAAAACCUACUAUGAUAAUAAGAACACGGAACUCUAAACUAAUAUGGAUGAAUGAACAUUUCAGGAGAUCUGAUCUUUAUUAUCAUGCCGGAUGAUAAAUUAGAUUAAUAAAAUGUUAAAGAGCUUGUGGGUAUUUUUCACAUAACAUGACAGCAGCUAUCUGCAUGCUAAAAUAGUUUAGCUCCUGCAAACCAUUUGGACAUGUUCAGGUUACAGGGGAUGAAAAGCCAUUACGCCAAUCGCGUCAACAUAUUCUAUGUUUACUGUCUGGAUUCUGCUGUUGGCUGCAUCCUGCAGUAAAUGAACCGUAAUGCUUGGCUAGUUAAAUGAAUGCAAGUAAACCAGUAUCUGAGGUAUUGCAGCAAUGUCGAACCUUACAGCCCCAUUUUACACGGCUUAAAAAUAGUCCUGGAUGAUUCUUUGGCUUCCCACUCUUAACUAGUAUUCCCGUAACUCUUGAGUGCCAGAAUAAGAGCUGAAGGAAGCUUCUUUUAUGUUCCGUGUUUCACAUCAGACUUACCAUCUUUCAGCCACUUAACUAUCCAAUCAUUUCAUAUUGUAGUAAUAUGAUGUAUUUUUGUCUGAGAUUGCAGCCCAGCUUAAAGGAGAAAGUAAAGAAAAACGUAUUAAAUUCAAUUCACCAACCCCUCCAAAUAACACCUGACUAGAGUAGAAACACAAAAGUGACAGUUAUGUUCAUCACUUUUUAUUCAACAAAUGAAAAUGCAUUUAAAUCUAUACUUUUUUGACAAAUUUCUAAAAAAGCACAGCGAGAAAAUGUUACUUUACAUUGUUGUGUUCCAGGGCAUACCAUCAUCCUAGAUGUUGUAGUUGACAAGUAACCAUAAAAACAAAUGUAAAAUAAUGUCGAUCGUAACCUGGAUAUUUGAAAAUGAGUAUAGCCUAUUGUAUUCUGCGUUGGCAAACUACAAAAGGCUAUCCUGGAGAAAUGUUAUUGUGCUAUGUUUUCAAACUGUACUUCAAUGUAAAUUACACUGAAAGACUUUGCUGUGCAUUAUCAAUAUGUGAAAACUGUUAUUGGUGUGAAUCAGUGACCGUCAUUCCUUAGGUUCAUGAACACAGUGCACUCUUCAAUUCUGUUUUGCCAAAUAACUAUAUCUUGGCGAGCAUCUGCACUGAUUGGUCUUUGAAGUCAGCUUCCUGUCAGCAGGCCUGCCACAAAGCUGGAAGGAAGUUCGCAUGAUGUUUGAGUUUGAACAGCACAGUAUAACAAAGAUGUCCAAAGGCACAUUAUGUUCUUGAAUAUCAUAACGAUCUAAAAGGCUUUACUUUGUACCUUUUGAUUGUCUUGUGUAGUGUGAAACUUCAUCCCAUCCUGUCUUGGUAUUUCUGUGUACGUUGCUCACAUGUUUGUUUUUUUCGUCAGUUUAAGUGUCAAUCACUAUCUAGAAAAUGUACCUAUCAUAAGGAUAGGUUAAAGCCUGCAGAGAGUAAGACACUGUUUGCAGUCAACAAAAGCUCUUUCAGUUUAACAAAUAAAAACAUCUGUGAAAAUAA